AUGGCACACUUGGUCACGCAAAGUUUCUACAUGGAGGGAGCAGGAUAUGAUUACAACAGGUUCUAUCCGGCGUCCUACUACAAAACUGGCCACUUCACACAACUGAUUUGGAAAGGCUCGAAAAAAAUGGGAGUUGGUGUCUCCAUAGUUUACCAUAACGGCUCACGGAAAAAUUCUUGUCAACCUGGUGUACCGCUCUACAUGAUCUAUGUUGUAGUCAAGUAUGAUCCACCUGGUAACUUCCUAUCAUAUGAUUCCUAUAUGAACAAUGUGAAGUCACCUAUACACUGA